GAAACAUCAAGGCCGGGUUCCGGGCAUCAGGUAUUUGGCCCUUCAACCCGGAUGUAUUCACUGCAUUGGAUUAUGCUCCAUCAUCAGUGACAGGACCUUCCUUGGUUGACGAAAUAAUACCAGGAUCACUGCUGGACACUCUUUGCAGAAUCAGACCAAUCCCGCGGGCACCACCGCGUGCUACAGGCAGACGAGGACGAAAACCUGGACGAGCUGCUAUACUGACGGACCCCGCUGAAAUCGCUCUGAUGGAACAAAACAUACAAGCGAAGGGAGUAGCCCGACCCACUCAACGGCGAGUAGGCCGACCACGUAAAGCAACUGUGCAGUUUCAUAGCCUCGUUAGUGCACCACCAAGACCAACGAUAGUGGUGAUAAAGAGACCACCUGGAAGACCCCGCAAAUCACAGGCUGCAGCGGAUAAGAGGCCCGUUGGCCGACCCCGCAAGCCUCCAGUCGUUAUACUAAAAAGGCCUGUUGGCCGACCUCCAAAGUCACUAGCCAUUGCUAAGAGGCCCGUUGGCCGACCACCAAAGUAUCCAACCAUUGCUAAGAGGCCCGUUGGCCGACCACCAAAGUAUCCAACCAUUGCUAAGAGGCCCGUUGGGCGACCUGCUCAAAGUAAAGGCACUGCCAAGAGGCCCGUUGGCCGCCCACGCAAGAUUAAGAGGCCUGUUGGUAGGCCACCGAAACAACCAGCAACCAAAAUAAGACAUGAAUCUGAAUAAAUAAAAUUAAUCUCAUGUCAAAUUAUUUUAGUUUUUCUUAAUCAGAACAGGUCCGCAUUAGAUCACU